ACUACAGCCGCACGCAGGAGGGGAUGCAGCAGCAGAUCCUACAGGCCACAGAAGACGACUGAAGCCCAGGCUGUGUUCGCCGGCCCCAGCCCGGCUCCGCGGCCCACACAACGGGCUUCGCUCGGUCUUGAGCGAGAACCCCUCUCGCAUCCCCCCGUCCCGAGUUGGAUCCAGCCGCGCCUUCCGGUGCGCUUUCCGGUCCACCUCUCGAGGCAGGAAGUGCCGGCCGCCGCCGCUGUCGCGCCACAGCCCAGCCAUCGUCGCCGUCGCUCGUCGUCUCGCGCAGGGCAGCCCGGGUUCUGGUGUCUGGCGGCGAAUUAAAUAGCCACCAUGUCGAGCAAAAAGGCAAAGACCAAGACCACCAAGAAGCGCCCCCAGCGCGCAACAUCCAAUGUAUUCGCCAUGUUUGACCAGUCGCAGAUUCAGGAGUUCAAAGAGGCCUUCAACAUGAUUGAUCAGAACAGAGAUGGUUUCAUUGACAAGGAGGAUUUGCAUGAUAUGCUUGCUUCUCUAGGGAAGAAUCCAACUGAUGCAUACCUUGAGGCCAUGAUGAAUGAGGCUCCAGGGCCCAUAAAUUUCACCAUGUUCCUCACAAUGUUUGGUGAGAAGUUAAAUGGCACAGAUCCAGAAGAUGUCAUCAGAAACGCUUUUGCUUGCUUUGAUGAAGAAGCAACUGGCACCAUCCAGGAAGAUUACCUGAGAGAGCUGCUGACAACCAUGGGAGAUCGCUUUACAGACGAGGAAGUGGAUGAGCUGUACAGAGAAGCGCCUAUCGACAAAAAGGGAAAUUUCAAUUAUAUUGAGUUUACGCGCAUCCUUAAACAUGGAGCAAAAGACAAAGAUGAUUGAAAGAACUUUAGCUAAAACCUUCCAAUUGCUUUGUCUUACUCCGUUUUAUUUCCCAGACACUUUCCCCCACCCUCAUAGACCUGUUGCAUGCAACUUAGUUUCACAGCUUGGCCUCUUUUUUUUGAUGUAUUUAUUCUAGACCUUUCUGCCACUUAGCACUUGUAUAAUCAAACUGCAAAUGGGGUUGAGGUUGUAAAUUGUGCUGAAAAAGAGAUUGCGAAUAAAAAUCAACAAAUGUGAAAGCCCAGGAAAAUACAUCCGGUAUUUCUGGUUUUGCUGGAUUUUUACACUUUUAUAUAAUAAAAACACUAUUUUGAAAUAAA